AUGGAUUCAGACUCCGAUUCGUUCGAGAAAAUAGGCGGAAAACUCUCGAAGGACGUUCUUGAGCCCACAGUUCUCUACUUGUCAGGCCAAUCUGUCCUCGCUGGGUCUGCAACUUCAGCCCCACUUUACCAAUUAAACAGUGACAUCAGGUCAAUCUCGAACAAGGACUCGUCCGUGACAUUCGAAAGAGUCGAGCACGAUGUACCUGGGCUCGCGAUCGAGACAGACCAGGGCACUGCUGACACGUCGCGAAAGCAACAUCUUUUCUACCUCGCACACCCUAUGAAUGCACAAUACCGGACCGACAUACCUGCUAAGUACUACAUCACUUCUGCAGUGCCCGAGACGGUGGGCAAUAUUCGUCUCGAGACAUCUGAUGCACGGUUCCACAAGACAUCCUUCAAGGCUUUGUUGAGCGCGAACAAAACCGCCUCGGAUAAGCCCUUAUUCGACGAAGGCCAACAACAACUCUUACUAUUUGAUAUCCAGCCAAAUUGGAAAGUCGGUCGCAACUGCUAUAGAUGGAAUGACUCCAAUGGCGGACAGGUGGCCGUUGAAGAAAAAGAGGAUGACAGAUAUAGAUUAUCCGUUACGAGUAGUAUGUCGCAGGAGUUGAGGGAUGCACUGGUCGCUACGUGGCUGUUGAGGCUGUGGCACGAUACGGCUGAGAGUAGACAAGCUAAAAGGGAAUGUGAGUUGACCUGA